GGUACUUAUACUUUGUAAUAAGCUGAUGAGAAGCGCAGGAGGCGAAGAAGCAGUCACACAAUGGACCACAUCGAGAAGGAAUCUGGCCGCUCUUUGGGAACUGCAGCAGCAAAUGAUAGAAUGAAUACUUCCCUGGAACGCGUCCCCUCGUCCAAGAGCUUUGCUCUGUCUCGAGAAAACAGCUCCAAGAGCGUUCAUGAUCACCAAAACGAAGAUGACAGCACCAGAUUGACGAGUCAUGGUUCCAACAACUAUCACCAAUGCCGGGAAUCAGCAACACAAACAAUAUCGGAUCCAAUGCAGAAGGACAGUCCCGAGGGGCAGGGAUCGUACCUGAGCCUCCUUCAGGACGAAUGCCAAAACACUCAUCAACCUGGGACCCAUAGACGAGAAAAAGGCCCCCUGCACAAGACCAUGCCUGCUCCAAAACUUCCAAGAUCCAGCAGCACUGAGAAGCCAACGCGCCGAGAUUGA